AGCAGUUGCUGAAGAAGUUGGGCUGCCACGUUACAGAUUCCUGACAUGUUUAUGGUGAAGCCACUGUAAUUAUACUGGGUUUUUUUUUUAAAGUUGAAAUAAUCUGUAUCUGAGGAGAAAGUUAGGGUUUUGUAUAUCAAAAUGAUACUUUUUUCACUUUUUUCUAUAUUCCCAUCAAUGUUUGUUUUUGUCACUGGGAGAAAACUACCCGAACCCGAAGUGAAAAUUGAGGUGAUACACAAACCUUUUAUGUGUCUUCGUAAGUCAAAAUAUGGAGACAUGCUUCUUGUUCAUUACGAAGGAUUCUUGGAGAGUAAUGGCACUAUGUUCCACUCCAGCCGCCAACAUGGGGAUAAAAAUCCAGUGUGGUUCACUCUCGGGCUCCGGGAGGUGCUGAAGGGCUGGGAUAAGGGUCUGCAGGACAUGUGUGCAGGAGAGCGCAGGAAGCUGACCAUCCCUCCAUCACUGGCGUACGGAAAGGAAGGAAAAGGUAACAUCCCUCCAAGCAGUACCUUGAUUUUUGACAUGGAGCUCCUCGAAAUCAGAAAUGGUCCAAGGUCACACGAAACUUUCCGGGAUAUGGAUCUCAAUGAUGACUGGAAACUUUCCAGAGAGGAGGUGAGAGAGUAUUUGAAGAAGGAAUUUGAGAAACAUGGUUACUCACCUAAUGACACACAUCAUGAAGUGAUGCUUGAUGACAUCUUCAAACAUGAGGAUGAAGAUGAAGAUGGUUUUAUAUCUACCAGGGAGUUCACAUACCAGCAUGAUGAACUCUAAAAUACUUAUUUUUACAAUCUAAUUUAAAUGUCAGUUUUACACAAAACUCUUUAAGGAACUUGUUUUUGUUGUUUUAAACACUACACGUGAACGCUAUUGUUACAAUCUCCGUAUAACUUGAAAUGAUCAGGACAGUAUUAUAUUUGUAUUAUUUUGUUUAAAAAUUCAUCCAUAAUGUAUUUAUGUUGCCAUAAUAAUGUGCAUUGGUAGUGUCACUGACGUCACAGAUGAGCUCAAGUUACUGUAUUCUCUAAGUUUAAGUCCAUGAAAUCAGUAUUUUGAAAA